AUGCAAGCUCACCACUCCAAUUUCACCCAUCACAUAAUGCCCUCUACUGAGACUGCCCACUUGGAACAAGAUAAUCAUGAAGAAAUAGAUGAUGCCUCCACUGUUCUUUCACUAGGCCCUCCUGGCCAACACCAUCAUCCUCAAAAUCCUCAAAAGCACAUGAAAACAAGGUUAUUUCAAGAUGUCUUGUACUCAUCAUCAUCAUUAUCAUCUUCUACCUGCUAUAAUAACCUCAAGGACCACCAAAGCCUGCAGAACUAUGGAGGAGGAGGAGGAAGAGGAGGGGGAGUCACUGUGGCAUUCCACAUGGGCCCACCACCUUCUUCUUCCUCACCUGGGGGGGCUAGCAGCUCUACCAGUUUUAACCCUAGUGGUGACGUGGCAGCAGCAGGGCUUACACUUGGUCAAGGACAUCAUCAGUACUGGAUCCCUACUCCAGCUCAAAUCCUUGUUGGCCCCACUCAAUUCUCCUGCACUGUUUGUCACAAGACAUUCAACCGUUUCAACAACAUGCAGAUGCAUAUGUGGGGCCAUGGAUCCCAGUACCGGAAGGGACCGGAUUCCCUAAAAGGGACGUCAAAGCCAUCAUCAUCUUCAUCGUCUCCAUCUUCUUCCUCUUCCAUGUUAAGGCUGCUGCCGUGCUUUUGCUGCGCGGAGGGGUGCAAGAACAACAUCCGGCACGCCCGGGCGAAGCCAUUGAAGGACUUCCGAACUCUCCAGACGCACUACAAGCGGAAGCACGGGGCGAAGCAGUUCGCGUGCCGCAAGUGCGGGAAGGCGUUCGCCGUGAGAGGCGACUGGAAGACGCACGAGAAGAACUGCGGCCGCCUCUGGUUCUGCAUCUGCGGCUCCGACUUCAAGCACAAGAGAUCGCUCAAGGACCACGUCAGGGCGUUCGGGGAGGGCCACGCCGCGCAUAGCGAGAGCGCCUUGCUGUGCGGUGGCUAUGGUGAGGUUGAAGAAGAAGAGGAAGAAGAUGAUGAUGAUGAUCUGUAUUAUGAUGAUGAUGAUUGUGAGAGUACGUGAUGAUAGAUGCCUGCCGCCAUUGAUAACGAUGAGGAGGAGCUGAGGAACAGGGUCUGAUCUGCAACUGCUGCUGGGAAGAAGUACUGAUCUGAUCCAUGCAUAUAUGCGACAUGUGAACUGUGAAGGGAAAGAGUAGCUUAGCUAGGAGUGAAUUGAAAGGUGUAGUUUUUAUGAGUAGUGAGAGAGAGAUUGACUAGUGACCUUUUGGCUCUUUCUGCAUGUUUGCUUUUGCGUGCAUUUGUUCUCCAAUUCAACCCUUGAAAAUGGA